GACAGACAUGCAGACAACGACCAUGGCACAUCACUCUGCCGUGGUUGCCGUUGUUCGUUGCCAAUGGUGUUGUGGUUUGUUCUUUGCAGCUAGAUAGAUCAGAUCCACCUCAAGUGCGUAGAUAGAUAGUGCUGUACCCUCGUGCUCUGUCAGAGCUUGCCGUAGCGUGGAAGAAAGAGACAAGUGAAGGAUUAUUCCCCAGAAAAGUGCUGCACUCCAAUCGAUCCAGACGUAUCGACAAGGAUCUCCCACAUCAUACAUAUUCAUCAUCGCCAUCACAAGUAGAUCUACCGAAUAUAUUUUUGUUCGAGGAGCACCAUGACAGACUCUGUGAUUCGCGAGUUUGUCCGGCAUCAAAAGGAGUUGUUGGAAUUGGAACUCAAUUCGGAACAAGAUGAAGUUGGUGUGGAGAACGGCGGUAGUCAACGAACCGUGGCUCUUAGCCAACUGGAAGCCUCGGACAUUUCCGUCGGUCUCUACGGUCGAACCGUGGUUCAAUUGACGGCGCUGAAAGACAGCAACAGCAACAACAGUUCUUCGUUGCUUCCCGCCCAUCGAUUCACUGUGGGAGAUGAUGUGGAAAUCCAUUCCAAGCAGAAAAAGCACGCCGUGACGGGUGGAGUGAUUAGUGCCGUGACGGAUACCAGCAUUUCCGUGGCACUGUUUCAGCAAUCCAUUCAGAAUCCCAAAGACAACAACAAAAACAAUAACAAAAACAACAAUAAAGGAGGAAAAGACGACAACCACCAUGAAACAGAAGAAGAUGGAUUGAUGGGCACUCUCACACUGAUUCCCAAGAGCAGUGUGGAAGUACACAAAAAGCUAGUGGCUGGUUUGGCAGACCUCGAACGACACGGACCCAACCAUCCCAUUGCAGGGAAACUCAUUCAGGCUCUCUUUCAACCACCCACAACAACACAACCUCCACCACAACAAAAGGAACAACAACCACCAUUCAAUGAAAACCUCGAUGCCAGUCAGUUGGAAGCGAUUGCCUUUUGCCUGGAACAAGAAAGACCCGUCGCAUGUAUACAUGGCCCUCCCGGCACGGGUAAGACUACCACGGUUGCCGAACUCAUUCAACAAGCUGUACAUCACCAUGGCAUGCGAGUUCUGGUGACGGCUCCCAGUAAUGUCGCUGUCGACAAUGUCUUGGAACGACUGGCGUCCAAAAAUAGUGGGCCCAAUCCACCAAAACGAAAAGCCAAGGCAAACAACAAGAACAACAACCACAACAAUAAACCCCUACGAAUGGUUCGUCUCGGGCAUCCCGCACGCAUCCAACCCUCCAUUCUGUCAUACAGUCUGGAAGCAUUGGUGCAAUCGCACGAAGGAACCGAGAUUGUCAAAGAUGUCCGAACCGAACUGCAAUCCUUUUUGCGCAUCUUGACAAACCCCAAAAGUCGUGGCAAUGACAAACGAAUGGCAUAUCGAGAAGUCAAAUCGCUGCGCAAAGAAGUCCGAACGCGAGAAGAAAAGGUCGUUCAAGAAUUGAUACAAACGGCACAAGUCGUCUUGGCGACAACCGUGGGAGCGGCGUCGCGGCUUUUGAGAACAAUCACGGAUCCCGCCAAGAACAACAACAACAAUAAUAAAUGUGGCUUUGAUUUGGUCAUUAUUGACGAGGCCGCACAAGCCCUGGAAGCCUCCUGUUGGAUUCCGAUUCUCAAGGGACGAAAACUGGUGCUGGCGGGGGAUCAUUGUCAAUUGCCACCCACCAUCAUGUGCAAACAUUCCAAAGUACAAGCUGGACUGGGCAAGACGCUGUUUGAAAGGCUCAUGAAGCUGUAUGGGGAUGACGGCAAGAAAAAGGCAGAACAAGAAGAAAAACGACAACCACCAAAAGUCUCCCGCAUGCUCAAGAUCCAAUACCGGAUGCACGAGAAGAUUUCCAACUGGGCCAGUGAGGCGUCCUACCAUGGAGAGCUAUUGACGCAUGAGAGUGUCCGACAUCGCACCAUUGGACAGCUGGUACACGCGCAGCAGCAUACUGCAGCAGACGACGACAAUGGCAAAGAUGAUGAUGACGACGAUGUUGUUUCCCAAGUUGCCCUGUUGUUGAUGGAUACCGCUGGUUGUGGGAUGCAUGAAUCCGAGAGCUCUUCGGGGUCGCGAUUCAAUGAAGGAGAGGCACAAAUAGUGGCACAUCAUGUUCAAGUACUUCUCGACAAGGGAUUGCGACAAGAGCAGAUUGCCAUUAUCACUCCCUACAAUGGCCAAGUCGAACUACUACGUACGAUUCUGCUUCCGGACCACCCCAAACUGGAGAUUCGCAGCGUGGAUGGAUUUCAAGGAGGAGAAAGAGAAGCUGUAGUGCUUAGUCUGGUGCGAAGUAGCGAUCGAAGUGGAGGGAAGAAAGGUGACGGGAUCGGCUUCCUGAGAGACAAUCGCAGGCUGAACGUAGCUGUCACAAGAGCCAAAAGGCACUGUGCUGUGAUCUGUGAUACCGAAACAGUCUCGCAAAGCCAGUUCGUCAAAGGGUUGAUUACUUGGAUGGAAGAGCAUGGAGAGCAGCGAUCUGCGCUGGAUAUCCUAUCUGGAUCCAACAACGAUAUGAACAAUGAUCUUCGUGAUGCUGAAAUUGAAUUGCAAAAGGCCAUGGCUCAGCUCGCCAAGGAUGAACAAAAGGCCAAGCCAUCCAAACCAAAGGAAGAGGAACCACGUUUGUCGGAUGACGAUGGCAAACGGAAGGAGAUGCUGGAUAAGAUUGCUCACUUUGCAGAAGUUGGCAAGUUAGGCGAGGAGAUGCCCCUGAGUACGGAGCUGACCAGCUUUGAUAGGCGCGUUGUUCACGAGUUCGCAGAACAGAUUGGUCUUGGUCAUCGUAGUGAGGGCGAGGGAGACAAACGAAGGAUCAUUCUGAAGAUUGAAAAGGCGCAACCAGUCCCUCCAAAGGUGCCUGAGACACCAAAAGCGACAGAGGCAGAAACGAGGGAACCGACAUUGGUACCCGUGAAGACCUCGACAGCAUUUGCAGCUCUUGCAGUGGAUGACGACGAUGACGACAGCGAAUCUGACCCCGAAGAGGAAUCUGGCGCAGCGGAAAAGAAAGCUGUUGAGAGCAACGAAGCUGCUUCCAACAAUUUGCUUGCUGACUUGGCCCGAGAACGUCAGCAACGUGAAAAGGAAAAGCAGAAGACCAAUGCCCAGGCUGUGUCAACGACCUCCAGUGCCAAGAAGAAAAAGAACAAGAAAAAGGGCCAAAAACUUGGAGGCAAGAAGCCGCCCCCCAAGAAUGGAAAGCAAGACGAGGAUGUCGGCUUGGGCGAUUUAGACGACAUGGCCUUCCUCGAUAAACAGAUUGAGAAGGUUCAGACGUCCCAUGGUAGACAAGUGUUUGGAAAGGGCAACAAUUACAAAACGGUUAUCAACGGAAUACUCAUUGCCAAGCCACCACCCCAAGAAAAAGAGAAGAACACUCGAGCAUCUUCGGCACUCCAAUCCAAGCUUAAAAAAGCCCAAGGAGAUCGGAAAGCAAAAACUAAAAAGAAGGGAUAAAAUGGUGUAGCGCUAGCUAAGAGCACUAAUGUAAGAAUCUGAUAAUCCUGCCG